AUGAAUUCAGCUGAAAUCACUGAUGAUGAUGAAGUAAAAAUUCCUAAAAAAAAUAUUGUGAAAGUAGAAACAGAAAAUGAAGAUGAAGCUCUAGACUGCUCGGUAACAUCCAGAUCUGCUGAGAAACACUCACUGGAUGGCGCAGUUACUUGCCUACAGGAUUCCAACAAACGGAAACAGACCUCACUUGGUUGUGAUGGUUCAGGGAGCCAGCAAGAUGUCUUACCCAGUGUGAAGAAAAGACGCUUUACACAAGAGGGCCCCCUUUCAAACAUGAAGAAUAGAGAUACUGGUUCACCCACUCAGGUAAAUGCAGAGCAGCCAAACAAGAACAAGAAUGCCAAUGUAACGUGGCUCUGUGAAGAAGAAUCCUUCAGUGACAUAACCACUCCGUCUUACAAAAAACCUCUCUAUGGCAUCUCACACAAAAUUACGGAGAAGAAGAACCCGCCAGGAGCAGAGCAGUUCACUUCUUAUGAGUUGUUUGAAAAAAUCAACCCCAGCAGUCCCUCGCAUCUUCGGACUUUGAACGAUCAACGCAAAAGGGACUCGGCUGCAGCCAUUGCCGUAGCAGCGGCCGCCGCAGAUUCUGACCCAAAUAUAUAUUCUUUGAUACAGAAAAUGUUUUACACACUUAACACCCUCAAUACCAACAUGACUCAGCUUCACAGUAAAGUUGACCUGUUGUCUCUGGAGGUUAGCAGAAUUAAAAAGCAAGUCAGUCCAGCGGAGUCUGUUGCAGACUUCAAGCCUCCGCCGGAGUACCAGCUGACUUCUGCGGAGCUCAAACAAAUCAUGGAUCAAAGCACGUCAGGCGGAGACUUAGCUUGCCGGUUGCUGGUGCAGCUCUUCCCAGAGCUCUUCAGUGAUGAUGAGUUCAGCAGAAGCUGCAGUGCGUGCGGUUUUCUCAACAAAAGGAAACUUGAAUCCCUUCAUCUGCAGCUUAUCCGUAACUAUGUGGAAGUUUGUUAUCCUUCUGUGAAGAAUACAGCUGUGUGGCAGGUGGAGUGUUUGCCUCAAGUCAAUGAUUUUUUCAAUAGAUUUUGGGCUCAAAGGGAAAUGGAAAACAGUCAGCAGAACGUGCAAUCGUCCAGUUUUUAUGAGACUGAGCAGGUCGAAUCCUCUCAUUUUAUGGAGGAUAAAGAGCAGGAGGAAGCUUUGUCCUUGGACAGGAGUACUGCUAUUGCAUCAGAUUACAUGCUGGAUGCUCAGGACCUCAAUGAAUUUUUAGAUGAAGCUUCUUCUCCAGGGGAAUUUUCUGUUUUUUUGUUACACAGAUUGUUUCCGGAACUCUUCGACCACAGAAAAUUAGCUGAAAGGUACAGCUGCUUUGGAGACUCUGGAAAACAGCUGCUGGAUCCUCAUCGACUUCAAAUAAUCCGUAGGUACACUGAAAUUUACUUCCCAGAUGUGCAAGAAGAAGAAGCCUGGUUGCAGCAAUGUGUUCAGCGAAUAAAUGAUGAGCUUGAAAAUACAUAUAUGGAUGGAAGUGAAUGUGAUCAGAUGAGAGAUGACUGUUACGAUUCUUCUAGUUUACCGGAUGAUGUAUCAAUCAUAAAAGUGGAAGACAGUUUUGAAUAUGAAAAACCUGGCAGGCGCUCAAAAAAAAUUUGGCUUGUACCCAUAGACUUUGACAAACUUGACUUUCCCCCUCCCGAUUUUGAUGUCCCUGUCUCCGAUUACCUGUUGAACAAAGAACAGAUUAAAAGCAUAUAUGAAAGCAGUCUUUCCAUAGGUAACUUUGCCUCUCGAUUGCUUGUUCUCUUAUUUCCUGAACUGUUUACUCAUGAAAACUUACGGAAGCAAUACAACUGUAGUGGAUCUUUAGGCAAGAAACAGCUCGACCCCACUAGAAUUAAAUUAAUUCGACAUUAUGUGCAGAUACUGUACCCCAGAGCAAAGAAUGACAGAGUAUGGACAUUGGAGUUUGUUGGGAAGCUUGAUGAGAGGUGUCGGCGAAGAGACACGGAGCAAAGGCGCACAUACCAACAGCAACGGAAAAUCCACAUGCCGGGGCCCGACAGGAGGGAAUUUCUCAGCUAUGCAAUAAACCCCGAGAGGUUUCGAGAAGAAUUCGAAGGGCCACCGCUGCCACCGGAAAGAAGCAGCAAGGAUUUUUGCAAGAUACCACUCGAUGAACUCGUGGUUCCUAAUCCAGACUUCCCUGUGCCUUCUCUGUAUUUGCUGUCUGAUAAGGAGGUAAGAGAGAUAGUGCAGCAGAGCCUGUCGGUUGGCAACUUUGCUGCCAGGCUUCUCGUAAGACUCUUUCCCGAACUCUUUACUCCAGAGAAUCUCAGAAUGCAAUACAACCAUUCAGGUGCUUGUAACAAAAAACAGCUCGAUCCUAUCAGACUGAGACUGAUCCGUCAUUACGUGGAGGCAGUUUACCCCGUGGAGAAAAUGGAAGAAGUAUGGCAUUAUGAAUGUAUACCGAGCAUCGAUGAAAGAUGCCGGCGUCCUAACAGAAAAAAGUGUGAUAUACUGAAAAAAGCAAAGAAAGCAAAAAAAUGA